UUCCCCUAUCUAUCAGAGCCAGUUCCUCCAUUUAAGAUGCUGACUUGUUUAUGUUGAGGGGACGAGUGAAUGACUGUUGCGAGGUUUUGCACUCUACUCCGAGGCUUCUUUGGGGCAUUUUGUCUUGGCAUGUCUGCUUUGUUGCAGGAAACGGAGGCAUGAGGUCUGCUUUGUUACUGAUUUGUGGUUGACAGAUAAAGCGAGAAGGAGGUUAACUCACUCAUAGAGUCGUUUGAUAAGCAGGACUUAGGCGCGGAGUUUAGUCGAUGAGUGUAGGUGAGCAGCCUUCGACCUCGAGCAGCCCUCCCUGCUGUGCCUGCUCUUGCUGUCCAGUGCACAGUAACACAUAGAGGACACAGAGGAGAUAAAGGAGGAGCAAGGCCAACCAUGGAGCUGUAGAGACGUGCUCAAAUGCCUGUACGGAUCACCAGUGGAGGAGGAGUGUUGCUGAGGAGAAGAACUCUGCAAUGAACAAGAACAAAAGGAAGUCCAAUGUGGAGAGUCCUGGUGUGCUAAGGGGCAAAAACCUGGGCCCCCGGAGGAGGAAUACAUGUCCCAGUCCUCAGGACAUCACCCGGGCCCUGCAGAGCCCCAGUUCUGCUCCCAGUGCCAGUGCUGCCAGCCUGGAUGACCUCAUACAGCGCUGCCUAAACUGCUUUGAUUCAGAGGGCAAGACUUCCAGCCCAAGAGGGACCCAGUUGGUCCACAUGACCCUGAUGAUGCACAGCUGGGUUGUGCCAUCUGAGGCAUUUGCCCAGAAACUUCUCACUCUUUAUAAGGACUGUCCCUCCGACAAGAGAGGACUCAGGCGGACACAGAUCCGCCACCUUGCCAGGCAGUGGAUCAGCCAGUUCCCAGCGGUAUUUGAGGUGGACCCCCACCUUGAACAGACCAUGGGGGACCUGUGGGCACUGGUCCGGUCAGAUGGAGAGGAGAAACACUCGCAGCUCAUCGAGAACUCCUGCUUAAGCCCUCACCUGAACAUAUCACAGGCACCCUCACCUUCUGUGAAGAAGAGGAAGGUGUCUUUAAUAUUCGAUCACAUGGAGCCAGACGAGAUGGCUGAGCAUCUCAGCUACCUUGAGUUUAAAAACUUCUGUAAUGUAUCAUUCUUGGAUUACCGCAGCUAUGUAGUACGAGGUUCAGUCCGGGACAAUCCUGCUUUGGAGCGUUCAGUGAUGAUGUGUAAUGGGGUCUCCCAGUGGGUCCAGCUGAUGAUUCUUAGCAGACACACAGCCCAGCAGAGAGCCCAGGUCUUCACCAAGUUCAUUCAUGUGGCUCAGAAACUUCGAUCUCUGCAAAACUUUAACACUCUCAUGGCCGUAACUGGAGGCCUCUGUCACAGUUCAAUCUCCCGCCUCAAAGACACUUCUAACCUGCUGCCUCCUGAUGUCACUAAGGCUCUCAGUGAAAUGACAGAGCUGCUCUCGUCGCGGAGUAAUUACAUCAACUACCGUCGGGUUUACAAUGAGUGCACCGGCUUCAAGGUUCCCAUUUUGGGUGUCCAUCUAAAGGAUCUGAUCUCGCUGAAUGAGGCCUUGCCAGACUACAUAGAUGAGGAAAAAAUCAACCUGAGCAAGCUGCAGCACCUCUAUAGCAACAUUAAUGACCUGCUGGCCCUCCACAGCUGUACACCACCCUUUGAGGCCAACAAAGACCUGCUGCAUCUGCUCACGCUCUCCCUAGAUUUAUACUACACUGAGGAUGAGAUAUAUGAACUCUCAUAUGCCAAGGAACCCAAGAACCCCAAGGUUCAGCCUGUAGCUCCAGUUAAACCCCCAGUAGUGGCAGAGUGGGGUUCAGGAGUCACCCCCAGGCUCGACCCCGACACCAUAUCUAAACACGUCAAACAGAUGGUGGAUUCCAUAAUGAAGAAUUAUGACCACAAUCAGGAUGGCUACAUUUCGCUGGAGGAAUUUGAAAAAAUAGCAGCCAACUUCCCCUUCUCCUUCUGUACUCAAGAAACUGACAGGGAGGGACAAAUCAGCCGUGAAGAAAUCACCUCUUACUUCAUGAGGGGAAUGUCCGUAUGUGCCAAGUUGGGGUACAACUUCAAUGACGCGCAUAACUUCCAUGAAACCACAUACAAACGACCAACAUUCUGUGAUAUAUGUAGAGGCUUUCUAUGGGGUGUCACCAAACAGGGCUACCACUGUAAAGACUGUGGGAUAAACUGCCACAGACACUGUAGAGAUCUGGUGGGUAUUGAGUGCUUGAAGAAACACAAAAACACGACCGGGUCCUGUCCAUGCACCCCCGCACCUGAUUUAAGAACCAAGGGCAACAGCUGGAGUUCGGAAGAGGACACCUUUGUUUUUCCCCCGAGUAAUGAAACAGAGCACCAUAAGGGUACAUCUGACUGGAAAAGUAACACCAGUGAAUCAGUACUGUCCGACCGCUCCACUCAGACGGAUCCUGGAGUUUGGACACCUGAGAAGAAGGACAAAAAGGGAAACCACCUUCACUCUCGUCCAUCACUGAGAAAGGUCAGCACUCUACCACACAGAACCCGCUGCUCCAUGCCUGUUUCCUUCCUGCAGGAGAAGAUGGAGGAGCUGCAUCUGUACAAAGACAAAAGCAGGGAGCCAGACUGAGCACUCAUUUCCCCACAUGGACAAAGCACAGACACAAACACAUUUUUUGGACAAAGCUGUGUCUGACUCGUGUUGAACUGAUACUAUUUACUGGCCACUUAUUUUAGAAGGCCAGCAAAGGACUCAUUUGUGUUUCAAGCAUGGUUGUGUGAUGUUUUUCAUUUGAUCUUUGUCACUGCUAUUUUAUUGGUUAUCCGGCUCAGAAACAUGGAUUUUCCUACUGCGGAACACCUCGUAUUGUUUUGAACUGGUGCCUUGGUUUUCUGGUGCUAAACCACCUUACUUCCUAAUUUAUGCCAACCUAUAGGCAGGCUUUUCCUGAUCAUACAAUAUAUACACACAUGCAGGGUAGGAAAUUAACACUAACCUCAACAAAACUGUGGUUAAUUGUAACACUGGCAGCUAUAUGACAACUCGUCAAUUUGGAAAGAAUGGAAAACUAUUUUAACUGUUAUUUAUUUGGCUGUUGAUUGGAUAUUUGAUAUACAAACAGCUAAUGUAUCAAUUUAUCGCGUGUCAAAAAGUUAUAUUAUCGAGUUUUACCUUAGCAUCUGUUAGCCCAGUUGGUAGUAGAGUUUUGCACAUCAAAUUCUAAAUGGCAAUAUUGGAUUUCAUAUGUUUUUUACUCAAUUAAGCUGUCAGAAAAAGUUAGUGGAAAAUCACAAAGUAUUUGUUAUUGAAACUUCAUCAUCUAUAUUGCCCACUUGAAUAGCAAAAGGAGCUUGUUAAGCCUAAUCGGCCAUCAUGACUACAGUUUAAAAUGUUCAUUUCCUUCCCAAUGUUUUUGACUGCACAUGCAUAUGGUCCAAACUUGGCAUAUGGUUUUUAGCUAAACGCUUCCUUUUGUUUUGUCCAUGAUUUACAAAUGUUGGGAAAAAAAGUCGAAAAACAUAUCAAUGAUUAAUCAGACAGUAUGUGUUGUGUCUGACUUCACUGAAGGGGAACAAAAGGACAUUAACAAUUACAGGCGUAUACAACUGCAUUUAUUGUAUAAAGACAAGACAGUUUGCGUAACUGAUCAAAAUCUGAUUUUCAUUUUCAGGUAGAAAACAAAUGGUUUGAAAAGAAUAGGAUUAAACUACAAGACAAAAUGCGCAAUCACAAAGGGAUGAAAAAAAAGGAAAAAAACCCAACCCUGCACAUAGAACUAGUCAAGAGUGGCAAAAUAUUUUUCUCAAUCAAAGACUGGAUUAAAUACUACAGCAUCAACACCUAUUUAAAAAACGUGUUUCAUAAUGCUUGGUGUCUAUUGCAGUAAAUAAAAUGUAAAAUCGGUAACUGAAAAUUAAAAAGCAAGACAGGACAGGGUCAUGGAUGUAAAAAGCAUGCAUUUUGUUCUUCUCAAAGCAAGCAAAAGUAUUCAGGGUUUGCUGUACUUUUCCUGCCUUCUUCACACUAUGAAAUGUACAAUUACCUCUUCAAUCUGUAGUAAAUGUGGAUUUCAUACAUCCACACUGAAUGCAUUAUCAAUAACAUUCAUUAAAUGUCUUGAUACCUAU